AGGGUUACGCCCGGUUUACUAAGAUAUCCCCGACGCCCAAGGCCCGGACUCCCUAGGACCAUUGGGAAUUAGGCUGAAGGAAACACCACUGACGCAAUGCUUGGAGGAGAAUGCAUCGUGAUCAACUUAGCGCACCCAAUUUUAAUGCAUUUCAAACCGUCAAAUUAACCGCCGCUGCCACACAGAUACCCAAACCUGUCACCAUUAGGCUAAGGAACAUUCACCCCGCAGUUCAUAUCAAAAUAAGGAGCAUCAUAUAUUUCUUGAAGACCACUCUUUUUUACAGGCACCCAGGUCACUCAGAGGCUUUACCUACUCGCUUAUCCUGUCAAUUCAAACAUGGUCAUCAAUGUAGGAAUCAUCGGCUACGGCAAUUCUGCAAAAAACUUCCAUAUCCCUUUCAUAGCCACCAUCCCAGAGUACAAUAUUGUAGCAGUUCUACAGAGGGCAGAGGCUCCUGCGAACGUCUCGUCCGCCGUCCCAGGCUCCCACUGCACUGUCGACUUACCCGGUAUUCAACACUACCGUACACCAGGCGAGUUCUUCGCAGACCCCAAUACGGCACUUGUCGUCGUAGCUACGCACAUCGAUACCCACGCGCUAUUCGCCGAGAAGUCGUUGUUGGCGGGGAAGCACGUCAUUGUCGACAAGCCAUUCGCGCGGUCAACUGCCGAAGCAGAUAAAGUUAUCCACCUAGCGAAAGAAAAGGGCCUGGUCCUGACUUGUUUCCAAAACCGCAGAUGGGACGGCGACUUCCAAACUCUCCGAAAACUCAUAUCCCAAAAUGCUCUGGGUAGGAUCGCAGAAGCAGAAAUCCACUACGACUUCGAGUCCCCCUUCUGGAUUAAAUACAUGACCGAGACAAAAUAUGUUGCGGGACAGGGUCACUCAUUUGGUCUUGGCUCCCACAGCCUCGACCAAGCAUACACGCUCUUCGGCCGCCCGACAUCCAUAACCGCCUUCUACCGCAACCAGCGUGGCAUUGAGAGCGAAAUCGAAGAUUCAUUUACCAUCAUCCUGCAGUAUGAUGGAGACCAGAAGAACCUUCUUGUCACCGUGAAGAGCGCCAUCACGACACUGCUAGCUCAACAACUUAAACUUUUUGUUCGUGGGAGCGAAGGAUCGUUUGUUAAGUGGCAACAACGCAGUACAUGUCCGCAAGAAGAACAGAUCGCACGAGGCGCAAACCCCACAGAUCUCGGGUUCGGCGAGGAGCCUGAGGAAUUGCGCGGCGUGUUAACGACAUAUAAGGAAUUCGAUCCUACUGUUCAGUCUUAUGAUACCGAGACGGGGAAGUACACGGGUUUAUAUCCGACGGUUACAGGUCGGUGGAUCGGGCUAUAUGAAAAUGUGGCGGAUGCGAUAUGCGGCAGGAAGGGGUUGGAAGUUAGGCCUGAGCAGGUCAGGGAUGUGCUUAGGAUCAUUGAGCUUGCGAGGAUUUCGCAUGAGAGAGGGGCUACGGUUAUUUGGAGUGAUGGUGAUUGAUUGAAUGCGAAACCAUUCGGGAGAUAGAACCAAUUGGGGAAGGCAGUUAGGGUUUUGUUAUAUAUCCUUCUUUGAUGUGAUAGCUAGGUAUGAAAAUGUUAGUUUUCUCAGAGCUUCAAAAAGCAAAGAUAACUACAUAUGCCCUAUUUCGUCUUCCCAUUCUCCACUGCCGCCUUCGGACUCGUUCUGUAAACAAAGUUCCUCGCCACGGGCUCAAAUACUCCUCGCAACCAAAAGCUUAUCUGACUAGCAGGGUAAAGCGUCAUAUUCCGCCCCGUGGGGUGUAAAUACCAGCUCGCGCACCCGCUCUUCCAGACAAACCCUUU